AACUCAUACUCAUACAAGCACAACGGGCUUCGGCGUAUCUAUAAAUAAAAAAAAAAUCGCAGCUGUCAGUUCCUACAAGCAGCUGAUCGAAGGGGAAUUCAACUUUUUAGUAUAAUUUUGUUAUGCAUAUUACUUACUUAGCCUUAUAAUUAUAAAUAAGAAAAAUGCCUAAUAUAAUUAAUGAAGUGAAACUAGAUUUUAAAGAUGUGUUAUUACGUCCAAAAAGAAGUACCUUAAAAAGUCGGAGCGAAGUAAAUCUUUACCGGGAAAUAACUUUCAGAAAUUCAAAACAAAAAUACAAUGGAAUUCCAGUUAUGGCUAGUAAUAUGGAUACAGUAGGAACAUUUGCAAUGGCUUCAGCUUUAGCAAAACAUGGAUUAUUUACAACAAUACACAAGUAUUAUUCGCUUGAAGACUGGAGGAAUUUUGCUAAAGAAAAUCCAAAUGUAUUACAAUUUGUUGCUGCAAGUUCUGGAACAGGACAAGGCGAUUUUGAAAGAUUAUCUGAUAUAUUAAAUGAAAUACCAGGCGUUACAUUUAUUUGUUUAGAUGUUGCUAAUGGGUACUCACAGCAUUUUGUUGAAUAUGUGAGAAAAGUUCGAGCUGCAUUUCCUAAUCAUACUAUCAUUGCAGGUAAUGUUGUUACUGGAGAAAUGGUGGAAGAGCUUUUACUUUCUGGAGCAGAUAUAAUAAAGGUUGGUAUUGGACCGGGUUCGGUUUGCACAACAAGGCUGAAAACAGGUGUGGGUUACCCACAAUUAUCUGCUGUUAUUGAAUGUGCUGAUGCAGCACAUGGCUUGAAAGGCCAUAUCAUUUCAGAUGGAGGUUGCACUUGUCCUGGUGAUUUAGCAAAAGCUUUUGGUGCAGGAGCAGAUUUUGUUAUGGCUGGAGGUAUGUUUGCCGGGCAUGAUCAAUGCGGAGGUGAUACUUUGGAGAAAAAUGGAAAAAAAUACAAGCUAUUCUAUGGAAUGAGCUCUGCAACUGCUAUGGAAAAACAUGCUGGUGGUGUUGCAGAGUAUCGAAGUUCUGAAGGCAAAACUGUUGAAAUUCCAUACAAAGGUGAUGUAGAAUCCACGAUUUUAGAUAUGCUUGGGGGGUUAAGAAGUGCCUGUACAUAUACUGGAGCAGCUAAGCUUCAAGAGCUCCCUCGCAGAGCAACUUUUAUUAGAUGCACACAGCAAUUGAAUAAUAUAUAUUCAUAAUUUUUAAAAGUAUUAGGAAACUCGCAAUGAAAUAUUACCUGAAAUACCUUAAGAGGUAUUUUAUCCAAAGAUGCAUAAAUUAAUAUUUAUUAAACCAUUAUAGUCUAAUGUAUUAUCAAUAAGUAUUUGUUUCUGUAUUUGAAAAAUUUUCAAAUACCUGCUGUUUCAGUUUUAAGCU